UACCGGCUUGCCAGGACUUGCAAAUUGAUACCAGGCAACUCUUUCACCAAAUCUUAACCUGUUAAAUCAAAUUCCAAAUUCGAAAUGUCCCUACUAUCAAAGGUUACUCGCGCAAUGAAGAGAAUUGCUCCGUUGGAGAUAGCCGAGAACUCUUGGGACAAUGUUGGCGUGCUAGUAGAACCACCAUAUCCACAACAGCAGGCAAACAAGGUCUUUCUGACCAUCGACUUGACACCUCAAGUCUUGGAGGAAGCUCUGUCCGAUCCAAAGGUUGGCACCAUUGUCUCAUAUCAUCCCCCUAUUUUCAAAUCCAUGAAACGCCUCACUAGUGAAGAUGUCAAACAAUCAAUUGUUCUUAAAGCGAUUGCAAAGGGUGUGGGAAUAUACUCUCCCCAUACUGCUUGCGAUAAUUGCGUAGGAGGAGUCAAUGACUGGUUGGCCAGUGGGCUUGGUAAAGGAUCAUGCAAACCGAUCGUCCUAAACCAAUCCCCUCCUGAAGGCCAGGAGGGAUGCGGUUCGGGAAGAAUAUUUACAUACGAUGAGCCUGUCAGUCUAUCAUCAGUAGUUGAAAGGGUGAAGGCUCUGACUGGGCUAAAGCAUGUUCGAGUAGCCACAGCCUCUCCUCACACAAGCUCCAAUAGUGCAGCUAUCAAAACGGUUGCCAUCUGUGCAGGCUCGGGAUCAGGUGUUUUAGCUCCUGUCAAAGCUGAUUUGUACUUCUCAGGGGAAAUGGGACAUCACGAUGUUCUUGCUGCAUUAGCGCGGGAUACUAGCGUUAUUCUUUGUGAACACUCCAAUACAGAAAGAGGCUAUUUGGAUGCGGUAUUGAAGCCUGCGUUAGCAAAGGAAUUAAGCAAUGAAAAAACAGAGGCUGGAGAAAAUAUAGAAAUCAUUGUCAGUACUGUGGAUAAAGACCCACUAGAGAUUGUUUGAAGGAAAGCUUGAGGGUUUAAGUCGAAAUAAACUUGAUGAGCUUUCUGUAUUAGAAGAACAACUCAUUCCACUGGA